CUCGGUUGAGAUAGAUACCAGCAAGGGAAAUCUAUAUAAAGGCUGACAUAGUUUGGAUAACUAGCAGAUACUGCUCCUAAGCAUCCAGGUCUUAUAAGCAGAAAAGAAAGAAAGGCACAUAUAAUCAUGUCUCAUUCUUGGGGUUAUGGAUCACAUGAUGGGCCGGAAAAGUGGGGAGAAAGCUUUCCCAUUGCAAACGGACCCAGGCAGUCUCCUAUUGAUAUUGUACCCACCCAAGCACAACACGACCCUUCUCUGAAGCAUCUUAAACUGAAAUAUGACCCUGCCACCGCCAAGGGCAUUCUCAACAACGGCCAUUCAUUCCAAGUGGAUUUUGCUGAUGACGAUGACAGCUCAACUCUGAGUGGAGGCCCUAUUACUGGGACAUACAGGUUGAGACAGUUCCAUUUCCACUGGGGAGCCAGUGAUGACAGGGGCUCAGAGCACACUAUUGCUGGAACAAAGUUCCCCUGUGAGCUUCAUCUUGUUCACUGGAACGCCAAGUACCCAAACUUUGGUGAAGCUGCCAGUAAACCUGAUGGCCUUGCGGUGGUUGGAGUUUUUCUCAAGAUCGGUUCUGCCAAUCCAAGACUUCAGAAAGUUCUGGAUGCCCUUGAUGACAUCAAAUCUAAGGGCAGGCAGACUACAUUUGCCAACUUUGAUCCUAGGACCUUGCUGCCUGCCUCUCAGGAUUACUGGACUUAUGAUGGAUCUCUGACCACACCCCCUCUACUGGAGAGUGUCACCUGGAUUGUUCUGAAAGAACCAAUCAGUGUCAGCCCCACUCAGACACAUUCCUUGAACAUGUUGGGCUGGCAUUCCCCACUGAAUUUUAUCCUGACUUUUGAAAAACAUCUUAAGUUGACUCUGACAUUGUCAAUGGGCACAGCACAUGAUGACAUACGAUGCAGGUUCAAGUGUUAGACUUUGCUGCUUUCGAUGGCUAAGUUCCGAAGCCUGUUAUUCACUUCUGAAGGAGAGACACCUUGCUGCAUGGUUGACAACUACAGACCCCCUCAACCUCUCAAGGGACGCAAAGUCCGUGCGUCCUUCAAGUAAAUAGCAGUAUCAAUGCCACAACCCUCCCACAGGCCUGUGCUAUAAUCAUGGAGCUUCAUUUUCUGACUGCUUUUCAAAAACCCUUUUCAAAUUCCCAAUGGAAUUGUCACAGAAACAUUACAAACCCUUGCUUACAUAACCAAUAUUGAUAAGACAAUGUGAAAUUGAAAACAAGGAAGUUGGUGUUUUAGAUUUAUGUUUAAAGUAUAACAGAUGUCUUCUCUGUCUUUAUUGAAAAUGUCAUAUUAUUUCUUAAAUUCUUUAUAACAAACUAAAACUUGAGAAGUAGCUAAAAUGCUUAAAAACUUGGUGCUUUGUGUAAGACAAUUCAAUUGAAAAGGUGACUGGCAAAUGAUAGCAGUUUAUCCUGGUAUUCUUAAUUCCUCAGAAACAGGUUAGUAAGACUUUUUAACCACUGUUAAUCUGUCAGGACACUGUCAUUUUUUUUUUUUUUUUUUUUUUCUAAUUCUGAUCAUCACAAACAAACUGCAAAAAUGUACAUUUUUGAUUGCUCUUCUAUGCGCUUCUAUAGGUGAAUUUUAAACUAUACUCUCUGAGGUUGUUUUCUAUCCACUGCUCAACAUUCAAUUAAAUAUGUCUCACUGCUUUAGUGAUACACAUAUCCUGAAGUGAAGAUUGGCUUUCACACAAACAAUGGAGGAAAUAAAUUAGUUACAGGAAUAGAGCUGUUCAGGUUGUAGUCCGAAAACCCGGUAGAGAAUUCGUCAUGGGUUCCCUCCGGGUUUUCAUAUUGGUUGUGUUUGUUGCAGUGUUUUUGAUCUUAUGAGUAAAAUAAGGUCUGUUAUGAAAAUUACUUGACGAUACAUGGACGUUUUGUUCUACAGCAUAAAUUACACACUUUCAUACCUCAAACAUGAAUUUUGAAGCCAUUUUGAAUUGCACUCUUUUUUUAAAAAAAAACACUGCGACUUCAAAAUUCACAUUUGAGGUAUGAAAGUGUGUAAUUUAUGUUGUAAAACAAAACAUCCACGUAUUGUCGAGUAAUGUUUACCACAGACCUUAUUUUACUCAGUUCAAUAACCCCAUUAUAAAAACCCAUAGGAAAAUCCAGAGGGAACCCAUGGCGAAUUAAAUUUCCGGGCUCGCCUACAUAUACUCUCAUGUUGUUCCAAACCCAUAUGACGUUCUCGCUUCUGCAGAACACAAACAGAUGAAUAAUAAUUAAAAAAAAAAAAAAUAAUUAAUUUAAAUAAAUUGUAAAUAACUUGAGUUGUUUUUCACAAUAACCUACGGUAUGCCUUCAAUAGACUUCAAGGACUAUGAUGCUCAAGUCACAUGGACUACUUUUAUUACACUUCUGGAUCCUUUUUAAGCUUUAAAAUGAAUAUCAACUGCUAUUUUAUGGAAAUCUGUGAACAGGACAUCCUUUAAAAUUCCUCUUUGUGUUUUGCAGAAGAAAAAGUCAUACUCAAUAAACUCAAUAAAAUUCUAA